UAACAGCUAGCAGGUAGCAACGUUAGCCAGUCAGUAGUAUCAGCAGCAGUCGUAGCAGUAGCAGAGAAACUCGUGCUCCGUCCACUCACCAAUGACAGGGACACUAAACUCACAAAUAUGCGCCUGGACACUGACUGAUAUUUGGCUGGCUGCAUUUUCCUACCGUUAUCAACAACGCUCUGUGGAGCUCUCUCUGAUCUGAAAAGCCCAGCAACUUAACUCUCGGCUAUGGAUCCUGACCGACAGAAACGAAGGGAGGAGAUUCAGAAGGCAAUGAGCUUUAUCCAGUCAUCACUGCCUUUCCCAGAGCCAGAGAGUUAUGAGGCAUUUCUGACACAGUUGGUGUGUAACUUGCUGGACGAGGGUAAUUCUUGUUUUCGAGAUGAAGAUUGGCGUCAAGCAGCCCAGCAGUAUGGAGAGGGGAUCAGUGUUGCUCGAUACGCCCAGGCUGAGGCACUCGUUAUUCCCCAUGAGCUGCUCGAGAGCCUCUACGUAAACAGGGCUGCUGCCUACUACCAGACGAGGGACUAUGACCGCGGUGUUCAGGACUGUGACAGUGCACUGUGUGUAUCAGAAGGCAGUCGUAGGGCUUUGUUCCGAAAAGCACUCUGUUUGAGGGAGCUGGGGCGCCUCAGAGAAGCUUACGAAUGUGGAACCAAGUGUCUCCUCACAGCACCACACGACAGACAGGUGAGUGACCUCGCCCAGGAUCUAGCCAACAAACUGGGCCUGAAGGGUCGGAAAGCCUACGUCAGCCCACAAACUGAGUCCACAGUCACAGAAGGGGAGAGUCUUGGGGAGACCUCCCCACCCACUGGAGAGAUGUCGGCCAAUGGGCUGGAAUCUCUGGGAGACAUUGGACCAACUGACCUCUCCAGCGCACAGUGUAUCCCUGCUCCUUUGGCCACACCCAUCCCAGUAAGUGAUGACCCGGCAACCACUGUGGUAACCUCGUGCACUGACCUGUCGGAGAGCCCCAGCAGCCAGGCCCUGCCUCCCAUGCCGUAUUCUGUCCCAGUGUCCGAGCACAUGGAUGAAUGCAGCAGCAGUGUCAUUAAAGACGAGCUGGACAGCCUAUUGGAAUGCAUCCCCAAAAAAGUCAGUGAGAGUCCAGUUCAGGGUGCUAUCCCUACCAACCUUCCCAACACAGCCGUUGGUCUCCGGCCUCCUUACUCACCUAGCCUUCCAGCCCCAUCACCCCAGCUUCCCCAAGCCUUCUUCAGCUCCUCCAUCAGUGAAAUGCCCUCUCUGGAACCUUACUCAGCACUGCGGGAUCAGAGCUCCACCCAGGCGCAGGACGCACUGGGAGGCUUCUCCACAGGGGCCACAGAUGGAGAAGGGAAGGCAGGAGUCGCCGCAGGCGGGCUUGACUCAUUGUCCGAGUACACUCUCCCUGGGGGACGAGUGUGUCACAGCUUCAUCCCUGGAAUGCGCAACCACAGUGCUGCACAUGCAAAUGGCCCAGCAGGAACCAACCUCUCUCUGCUCUCCAGGAAUCCUCUGGCACCCACACAUGAGUUUCGGCAGGCCUGUCAUGCCUGUUACAGCCGAAUAGGUCCACGAGUGAUGGACUACAAGUAUCAGCCAGAGGCAGCACACCGCUGCAAGAGAGAUGUACUGCUGUGUCGUCUGAGAAAUACAGAUGACCCCACCUGGAAAAGGAUCCGGCCCCGACCUGCACGGAACAACUUCUUGGGGGCGUUUGUUCUUUGUAAAGAGGUGCAGGAACGUCAGGAGUGCCAGUAUGGGGAGAACUGUACGUUUGCAUACUGCCAGGAGGAGAUAGAUGUGUGGACGCAGGAGAGGAAGGGAGCGCUGAGCCGAGAGCUGCUGUUUGAUCCACUGGGCAGCACCGAGCGACGGGCACUCAGCGUCACCAGACUGCUGCAGCUCCACAUGGGCAUGUUCAUGUUCCUCUGUGAGGAAUGUUUUGACAGUAAGCCUCGCAUCAUCAGCAAACGCAGCAAAGAAAACUUAGCAGUCUGUUCAAACCUCACAGCUCGACACCCAUUCGACGAUAACAAGUGCCUGGUGCACGUGGUGAGGUCAGCCAACGUGCGCUACAGUAAGGUCCGACCCCUGCACCCCCUCUGCCAGUUUGAUGUUUGUCGCCAUGAGGUUCGCUACGGCUGCCAGCGAGAGGACAGCUGCUCCUUUGCUCACUCUGUCAUAGAGCUCAAAUGCUGGGUUCUUCAGCAGGACACUGGUAUUACCCAUGAAGAAAUGGUGCAGGAGUCCAAGAGACACUGGCAAAGGCUGGAGCAGAAUGCACAGAAGCAGCAGAAGCCUGUCCAUUUACCCCAUCCAAACAGCAGCGUAUCUGCUGGAGGGCUAGGGGGAAUGGGGGGAGGUGGCGUGGGUGGAGACGGCAUGGGUGGGGGUGGUGUGAGUCCAGUGGGAGGGGUUGGGGUGGGAGGGUUAGGAGCAGGGUCAGGUAGGGGGCGGCCCCUGAACCUGAAAAUGAAGUUUGUGUGUGGUCAGUGCUGGAGAGAAGGUCAGGUCAACGAACCUGAUAAGAACCUCAAGUACUGCACAGCGAAGGCGCGGCACAGCUGGACAAAGGAGCGGCGGGUCUUGCUGGUGAAAUCAUUUGAAAAGAAGAAGUGGGUUGUCGUUCGGCCUCUUCCUUUCUCUCGCACCUAUCCACAGCAAUAUGAUAUGUGUGUGCAUGUGAUGAAGCAGAAGAAGUGCCACUAUAUUGGGAACUGUUCCUUUGCGCACAGUCUUGAGGAGAGGGACGUCUGGACGUACAUGAAAAACAACAGCUUGAGAGACAUGCAACAGAUGUACGAAUUGUGGCUGCAGCUCACCAAUCAGAGUAGACGUACAGAUAACUCCGCUGUGACCCCACCCCCAGAGGACAAGCAGGUUACCAUAACAGCAGAUUACACAGAAGGCAUGGGAGGCCGGCGGAUGUCAGACGGAGAUGACCUCUAAAUGUUGCUGUGUUGACUAGAGGCUGCUGAUCGCCACUGAGCUGCAGACAGAAAGCUAGGCCUGCCACACCAGCUACAACCGAAUAGUCUGUCGUCUUGCCAGUCUGACCUCCUCCAGGAUCUGUGAGAAAGCAAAUGGACACAAAAAAUGGUUGUCCCCACCCUCAUAUAUGUAUACACACAAAGACUUACACACAACACACACAUCACAGGCACGAACGAACACAAAAAUAAAGCUUUGUAAGUAAAAUACAGGACUUCGGCUUUAGCAUUUUGUUUAAUACCAUGCUGCAGUUACAUAAGGCACUCUUAGGCUCCCCUUCAGCAGAUUGUACCACAGAAUUUCCAUAGCCAAUUAGUUCUGCUCUUACUAAAAAAAUGUGCUAGUGUUCCCUAGUGUUAUGACUGAGCAUCUGUGUCCACCAGGUACCUAUUUUCUUCUCAAAAAAUCCUAGCACUGAAAAAGUACUUGGAUGGGCGCGCUGGUCGCAGCUCUUACAUUUUGCUUGUUGAAACCCAAAUAAAGCUCAGCACUCUUACAAUAAAGUUUGAAUUUUAACUUUAGAGUGUGAAAAAAAGGCAAAGUUAUCAGUGCUAAUUAAUGUUAUGAAGCCUGAAGCAUUGGAAAAACAGCUUCUUGGUGGACACACCUUGCUGAGCUCUGUAACGACCAAAUCCUGUUCUCUUUCCUUCAUGGGAAUACAGUAAAAGGGUCAGAGCAACUUCAUGGAGAUUGAUUUUGAGCAUUUUUUUUUUCAAGGGGAGCUAAACUUCCCUGUUAUAUUGUCUGCCAUAUUGGUAGAACACUAUGAAUGUAACGCCUGCAUGGGCCUUUAAAAUGAGGAAUUUGGUAGAAAUUAAAACAUUGCUGUGGUCGAAUAUGUGUGAGUAGACUUACAUGCUCAACAAACUUGUGUAACAUGACAGUCCCCCCCUCCCCCUGACAGAAAAAAGGCCCCUUGCUAACUGGUUAUGUAAUCAUACCAGCCCUCCCAGUAUAGGACGAGCACAGACAUGCACACACUCACGUUUACCUUAAAAUUGCUGCCUGAGGUGAAUUGACACAUCAGUGCAAAAGUUAGGCUUUGGCAACCUGUGUCUAAAUUCAACAUGACGAUUGACUCAGAGCAAUCAAGGUGAUAUUUCCCUGAAAUACCUGAAACCGUGUUGGUGUCUAGCUGUUGGUGCUGGAGAACUGCAGCACACUUAGAGUCCUGGCAAGCGUUGCUCUCAGCAGUAGAUCAGAUCCAAUUGCAGAUCCCCAUAUAAAACCAAAAUAAUGACCUCGCCUGGACUGAAGCAUAGUGAAAAGACUGACUGUGCAGAACACUUAUGUUGUUAUGGAAAAAAGUUAGGAGAUUAGUAAUAAUUUAAAACAAGAUGAUGUCAAGAUGAACAAUAAUUUAAACACAGGAAAGUUGUUUGAAAAUGUUUAACAGAAAGGCUGAUAAAGAUGAUUAAGAAUAUAUUUUUCUAGCUGAUGGUGGAGAUAUUUAAGAUAAUUUGAAUGUGAGGGCAAGUUGCCACUUCUUCAGUUGAGCUGGGGUCAUUAUUUCAGUGAAAGCCAAUCGUGUUCCCACAGCCUUCAGAUGGAAACCUGGGUUCCAUGCAGCCAGAUGUUUUGCUCCUGAUAGCUAACGGUAGCCCCAAAGAAAACUCUUCUCUUUAUGGGAAACCUGCUAGCUUGAGACAGGGACAUGAUUCGCACCACAUAUUGUGCCUAUGAACAACACAUCAACAUCUGACACAAACACACAUGCAAACACACACACACACGGACAGAUACAUACAGGCAGGAUAUCUGUUGCCAUCUUAUUCUAGCCUUUAAUGUGGACAGACACGAUGAAAGUAUGUCUAUAUUCAGAUACAUACAUAUUAUACAUAUUUACAAAUAAUGGUAUACUACUAAUAAUAAUUGAUAACUUAGCGGUUAAGCUUAAUAAAUAUAUAACCUGAAAACCUGUAUUGAUCACAUAGAAGAACUUCUUGUUAUUGAGGUAUUGCUAUAUGACAUGUAUCGCUGAACUAGAUGACUAUAGUGAAUUUUUUUUUUUUAAAGAUUCUUUUUAUUUUGAACAUUUUCCUUCUGUGUGGGUUGUUCCAGACAGGGUUGUUUGAGGGGAUUUCAGCAGAGGUUGAUAAAAGUUUCAGGCUGAAUGUGUAGAGAUGAGAUUAAAUCUUUACACUAAGAGCAGAAGGUUAGAAAUCAUCUAAGUCACCCAACUCUAGGUUUUUAAUUUCUUCCUUCACAAUAGCAGCAGUCAAAUCAAAUGUACAGAAUGUGGAACCUUUCCUGUUUUGCAGUGCGUCUAUGAAAAUUCAGAGAAACUGCACUUUAUAUUUUAGGUAAUCGACCUUGACUCAGUCCAUAAAAUCAGCUUUACUUUACACAACACUGAUGUUACACUCAACCAGUACUGGAAAGCAUCAUGAUCAUUAGGAGCAAAAUAUUACAAAGACCAGAACAUCAAACCACAGGAAACUCUGCAUGUCUUUUGUAAUGUUCCAUUUUGUCUGCAGUCCCUUCAUUUCAGUCAGUGGACAAGUCGAAAAAACAGGAGCAAUGGUUGUUAUACCAAAGGCUGAACUGUCUUAAUUAUCCAGCCCUUGAUAAACUGAAUGAAGGCAGAUCACAGGUCAGUUUUGCUGGUCACUUAGCAGAAGUUUGACCAUUACUGGUAACCAGCCCUCGUCUGGAACAGCCCAGGUAUUAGCUUCUUUGAGGGAUCGUAUUACUACUACUCCUAGUAUUAUGAUGAAUAUGAUGACUAUAAUGAUUGCUAUCUAUUGACUAUUUCUAUUUCUCUUCUAUAUGCUAUUGAUAUAUGUAUGUUAAUUGCAAUGUAUAACUCUCUCUUUAUAUAUGUAUCCAUGUAUGAAUAUAAUAAUUAACAGUAAAUAUGCGUCUGUGUAUGCCACAGUGCACAGCUCUGUCUGGGAGGCAGUGAGCAGAAAACAUUCAGCUUCUGAUUGCUACUGUAAAGUCCUUGAGUUUUUAAGUCCUACAGAUUGUUGUAUUAUGGGCUGCUGUGGGAUGUCAGUAGUACAAGACUUUUAAAUAUUAAUGUCGUCUGAGCUGUUUGUAGGCCAAAGGUGAAAAAAAAGAAGAUGAUUGAAGUAUAUAUACUGUAAACCAGUUCCUUUGCAAUGUCUUUGUUUGAUCUAACCAUCAGAACUCGCUGCUCACUGCCUGUGCUGUGUGUUUUUAUUUGAAUUGACUCACCAGGCAAGGACAGAUCUGGAAACAUAAGCAUACAUAGAGGCCUAUAUACUCCCGUAUAGCGCCUUAUUCAAUAUACUACACCUAUAAGAUGAUACAUACCCCUAUUGUAUAAUCCUGCUUACUAUAUACAGUAUAUGAUACCUGAUACCUAUUAUAAUACUUAGACACCCUUAUAAGGUAUUUUAGAUAGGAGAUGAUGGGCUGUCUUUUUUUCUGUGGCUAGAAAAGUGUGCUGUGGUCAGAGAUGUGUUCUCAUCUUGUUUUUCAAGGAGUUAAUUUGGAAAAGUUUGAAGAGCGACGCCUGCUCAAAUGCUCUGUCAUUCUAUUGUUGUCAGUUCAGGAUAUUUACAAAGCAACUGACAUGGAAAAUGAAUGUAGACCAAAAACUGGUGGAAAGGAACUGUGGCUGGUAAAGAAAAGUUGGAAUUUUUAAAAAAUUUCAUGUAGCCACAUAAAGUGAACAAAACUGGCAUUUUUUUUAAUGCAUUCGUCGGUGUGACAAGUGGACAAAUGCAUUUUUAAAUUCUUGCACUGGAAUACCUGUUGUAAACUGUUAAAGCAGAAAGAGCAUUUGAGGUGAGGCUCCUCUUCCGGUGUUGGUGAAAGGCCAGAAUCAAUGAUGUAACUGACGCACACAGAAAAAAACUGGAUGCCUGCGCUGCAUGUUGGUUGUGUUGUUAAAGGCAGACGAAUCAUGACACAAACUUACUGCGGAGGCAUUUGGCUGAAAUACAUCCUCAGAUUUGCUGUCUGAAUAAACAGGAAGUAAUAACAUAUUGUAUACUUUCACAGCUACUUUACUCUGAAAAGGGGAGGAACACCAUUAGACCUAAAGUUUGUUUGGCAGAGAAUUUGAAUCUGGUGCCAAUCAGAUUUUCAUGCUGAUAAGUAUAAUCACGCAUAAGAGAUCCUGCAUUACAUUGUUCCAGCGCUGCUAAGUUUCCUGUAUCCUGAUCAGUGCUGUGCACCAAUCUGACCCAGCUAUGCUAUUUUGUUGGCAUAAUAGCUAAGACGACGUGUUGAUUUCACUUCAGAAGUAGUGAAGUAGUCCAGUUUGCAUUAAGCUUUGAAAAGUGGUUAUUUGAUGCUAAAUACUUUGAACUUUCAUAUGUUCUAAGCUUGAAAGACCUAACUAUUGAACAAGAAGCCUCUAUUGUGCAGGCUCUCUUGUUGCCUUCCUUACAAUACACUAAUUAUAUGUACAAACCUUUUAGUUUUUUAUUCCUAUUCAGAAAGUCCAUGUUGAUGUCUAUGUAUUUUUUUUCCGCGCUAGACGUCAGAUCUCAGUUGUAGAUAAAUCAGUCGGAGCAAAAUGCAGUAAAUUGUGCUAAUUAAUUCUUUAAUGUGUUUAUGAAGCUCCUGGAAAAAAUAUUUUCUGUUUGGGCAUGAUUUAGGUUAAUAUCACUUGAUUUAAAAAAAAAAAUUCUGUGGCUUUUGGUUUGUGAAUGGGUUCUGGGCUAAUACAGCGUGCUACAGUUUAGUGAAAUGACAGGGUUCUCUGCUGUGAAAAGGUUUCUGCUCCACAAAUAUUCAUGUGACACACCAACCCCUGCUUUGUCUUUCCUCUCCAGUUUGUGUCAUUUGAUUCGCAGCACCAAGACACACCUACACAGCCAUGAAAGGCCGUAAUGAAUCCGUUUUCAAUAAGUUAAAAAAUGUAUGGGUUAUUUCACUUGUUUUCAACAACUUAAAAUGAAGAAACCAGGGUUGUAAGAAGUGGAAAAAACAAGGCCUCUUUUUGUACUGUAUUUUUACAUUUAGUUGUUUCAUGUUUUGUUUUUUCCUCUUGACUUUGUUUUCUCUUUUCUCCUCCCUGGUUGGAAGUUCAUGAUCACACACGUGGACCAAAUCUCUUGAAAGCAUUUAAUAAACUGUUUUAGGAAACAAAAUA